AUGCACUACAAGGGUUCUCUAACGGAUGGUACCGAAUUUGACCAGAGCUACAAGAGAGGUUCCCCUCUGCCUUUCCAAUUAGGCGCCGGGCAAGUUAUCGCGGGUUGGGAUCAGGGUUUGUUAGACAUGAAAAUUGGAGAGAAGCGAACUUUGACCAUACCAAGCGACCUGGCGUACGGCGACCAAGGCUUCCCUGGAGUCAUUCCGCCAGGAGCUACACUCGUGUUCGAGACCGAACUCGUCUCCAUCAAUAGCCACAAGGAGUAG